CCUGGGCUAAAUGUACAUACAUAAAACUUAAGUAAACUUUACACGUGAAGCUUUUCGUGAUGUGCUUAAAUUUUUACAGUCCGCAUUUGUAAGCUUGCGUGCUUCGAAUACCAAGCUUGAACACCGUCUCUGUAUCCUAGCUCUCUUAUUCCACCGCCUUUUCGGGUCCUAGAGUGGAAAUCCGGGGACUUGGACUCCACCAAUUGUUCUCUAUUGUUCUAUGUUGCUGGUAGACGAGCAACGUUAUAUCCAACUCACAUUUUCUUUUCAACGGCCUCGGCUUUAUUGCUUCAACCACCAGCAAGUUUCUACUGACGUAUCGGGUUUUCUUCGAAUUAGAUCGCUCAAUGAGGACCCUUUUGUCCUGCUAGUGGAUCUCUUUACCUACCUUGUAGAUCUCUCAGCCGCCAUCAAGCAGACUAUAUCGUACUAAUUCUUCGUCGCCCGUUCACCCAAAUGAUCCCGUGACAAAAUAAAUAUUCGAUCGAGCCGCACUUUGAAGCAAGUUUCCCACAAACUUGAAAUUAGUGAUGGAGAAGGUUGCAAUGGGAGACCGGUCCCAAUCCGACGAUGUUGCUAAUGCCACCAUUGGGGGGGAUACUACAGUAUUCACAGAGUCCAAGGGCGGCUCAGAGAACGAUACUGAAGUACGCCAUGUUUUCAAUGAGCAGACCAAUUAUGUCCCUAAGAGGACUAUCAUCACGAUAUUCCUCGCAUGUGCCAGUGUCGACUUAUUGGCUCUUAUGGACCAAACUACAUUAGCUGCAAGUUUAUACAUCAUCGCAGACGCGCUCGAGUCGACCGGGCAAGCCUCGUGGAUCGCUAGCGGUUAUUUUAUAACAUCAACUGUAGGACAACUUUUGUAUGGACGGCUUUCAGACAUCUGGUCUCGCAAAGUUAUCCUACUCAUCGGCUUAGCUAUCUUUUUCUUUGGAUCCUUGGCAUCAUCUCUUUCUCAAACUGUGACUCAGUUGAUCGUUUUCCGUUGCUUCACCGGCAUCGGUGGAGGUGGGUUGAUGACCAUAGCCCAGACCAUUGUUAGCGAUGUGGUGCCGUUGAGAGAAAGAGGAAAAUACCAAGGAAUCCUGGGAGCAGUCGUUGCUAUUGCUAAUGGAAUCGGUCCUGUUAUUGGCGGGUCUCUCUCCUCUAUCUCGGAAGACUCUUGGCGGUGGAUAUUCCGUUUGAAUUUGCCUCUUACCUUGUUGACCACUUGCUGCGUUGUAUUCAUUAUGCCGCUAAAGAAAGUGGAGGGGGACUGGAAAUUAAAAUUGAAGGCUGUUGACUUUCUCGGUAUCAUCCUUACUCUAGCUGGUGUUACCGUCCUAAUGCUGGGAUUGACAUGGGGUGGCUCUGAAUACCCAUGGGAUUCUGCUGCCGUAAUCACUACCUUGAUUCUUGGGUUCGUACUAUGUGUAGCCUUUGUUCUGUGGCAAUGGCGCGGACCACGAUAUCCUUUAGUCCCCUUACAUAUAUUCAAGUCUAAGAUUGUCAAUGGCGCGUGCCUCACUAUGGCUAUCAACGGCUGGAACUUCGUCGUUCAAGUCUAUUAUGUCCCUACGUUCUAUCAGCUCGCCUAUGGGUACUCCGCAACCAAGGCUGGCGCUAUGCUGCUUCCAAUUACGCUCAUACAGACGCUUAGCAGCACUUUAUCGGGUCUAGUUGUUCACUGGGUCGGGAGGUACCGCGAAUCUAUCUUGUUUGGAUGGGUGUGCUGGGCUAUUGGUCUUGGUUUGAUGUCAACACUGGACGAAAACUCAGGACUCGGGAAGCAGAUAGGGUAUUCCAUCAUUAUUGGAGUAGGGGUUGGUAAUACACUCCAACCAUCUCUGAUAGCCUGUCAAGCUGGAGUCGAGAGGAGAGACAUGGCCGUUGUAACGUCUUUUAGAAACUUCGUACGAAACCUUGGAGGAACAUUAGGUCUUGCUAUCUGUGGUACCAUACUGAACAACAUUCUGGCGAGUUCGAUUUCAUCGCUAAAUAUUGACGGCGCCGAUGUUAAAAAUCUCCUCAACGGCCCACAAUCCUACUUGUCGUCUUUGCCUCUUGAUGAGGCGUUAAAGAUCCGCUCGGUCCUUGUACCUGCAUACCGCCAAGGAUUCAGAGUGAUAUUCCUUGUAGGAGCAUCUCUGGCUGCUGUUGCAUUCGUCCUUGCUUGGUUCAUGAUGCCACAAGUCGAACUUAGCCGCCCUGAUGAUGAAAAACUGAAAGAGGAGGGCCGAAGGCAGCAAACGGCAAAGCAGAAUGCCCAAACUCCUUAAAUAUAACUAUCGUGAUGACGGUCACAGUUAUCAACCUUAGGCAUACUACAAGAAGACUGCUCAAAACGAUAAGACGACGUAAAAUCCCCCUUUUUUUAUUUGCAGUUCGGCUCAUGAGACUUUAGUUUCUACCUAGGUAUUUAAUCAAAUAAGAGUGAUAUCUUGAA